UUUUUAAUUCUAUACAUAGGCAUGAUGCGAUUGAUUACAUUCUCAAGUAUAAUUUACUGGAAUUUCCAAUCCCAUAUGGUGCAUCAUUAACCUGGUGACACUCCCGUCCCGUUACGACAAUACUGAAUGGCAUUGAAAUUAUGUAUUAAUAUUUACGACAAGAAAUAAUCACACACAUAUUUGCAAAGUUAUUGACCAUUGAUGGAGUGUGGUUGAUAAGAGGAUCACAAUUGUACUCAAUAUUUGGAUUGAUACUAUUAUCGUAUUGCAUUUGUUCGAAUUUGCACCCAUCAAGUUUCAUAAUCAGGUAAAACUACUUAUACCUGCCUUAAAAUCUGACUGGGCAUGCAGCUUACUUAAUCGAUAUGGAAUAUAUUAAUCAAUUUAUGUUAUCACCAAUUCAUUCUUUUGUGUUACGCAAGCUAGUAAUCGAUCGAUACUAAUGAUACGAGGUAUACAAUUAGUGUUUACUUAUUAAGUACCGAACGGGGACGAGUUGUUUGGAUUUUUGGAAUUUUAUUAGAUGGUUGAAGUGGAUCUGAUGAUUCCCAAUCUCUGAAUAUUUUUAUUUAUUUUGAAAUCGAUCAGUCAGUUUUUGCAUAUUUUUGAAACAUAAUUUGCAGUUAGGACAUUUAAUUUAUUAAUAUGGAAAAGCGAACAAAGAUAAGUUUAUGCAUUGCGAUUAGCGGAGUGGUCGUCCUUAUCUUAGGAGUUAUUCUGGGAUGGGUUGUGCUACCAUUUGUGAUAAAAAUUAUGAUCGAUAAGGAAGCCCGAUUAACGAAUGGGACCCUGAUUUACGACAAAUGGGUCGACAUUCCUUUACCAAUUCAUCUACACGUGUACGUUUGGCGUGUCGUGAAUAUUGAUGAUUACGUUGGAUCAAAUUGGACAACAAAACCAAUUUUAGAAGAGGUCGGACCCUAUGUUUACAGCGAAAAGCGUGUAAAAUAUGAGAUAACGCCAAACGUGGAACGAGACACAGUCUUUUUCAGGCAGAACAUUACUUACACUUUUGUCCCAGAAUUGUCCAUUGGACCAGAAACGGAUACCGUGGACGUGCUAAACGCUCCUUUACUUGCAGUGGCCACGAUUUUGUACACGAUCCCCGAGAAAUAUCUCCCCUUGCCGCACCGAUCUUUCAUGGAGUUGUUGAUGGGCCCCUUAAGUGGGGAAAAGUUCAUUCGAAAAGCCGUCUCAGUUCACGACAUCGUUUUCGGCGUGCGACUCAACUUCAUCUACGACAUUAUUCUCGUCCUGGUGGAAUUAAUCCUGGGCGACUAUGUCACGCUUCCCCCCGAGUUGCAGAACGUGGGGGGACGAGGAUGGCAGUUUGCGCCGUUUGUGAAUAAAAAUGGGACCAAUUCUGACGGUCUCUGGGAGAUUUACAGCGGGGUGAGGGACAACAGCAUGGUCAACAUGAUCCGAACCGUGAAUAAUAACGAGACGAUUGGGAAUGGGAAAUAUUGGGGCACGCCGGAAUGCAAUAAAUUUCGUGGUGGGGAUGGCAUCUUUUUCCCUCCGUAUGUCGAAAAAACGGACAGAUUGUACGUUUAUGCGACUGAAGUGUGCAGAUCGGCCUGGGCCGCGUACCAACAUGAAUCUGAAUUCAGAGGGAUUUCCACGUAUCGUUUCGCCGCAACCAAGGAUUUAUUCGCAAGUCCGGACGAAUUUCCAGAAAACGAGUGUUACUGUGUCACACCAAGAGAACCGUUAGAUCCGACCUGCGCCCCCACGGGGGUGGUGAGAUUAAGGAGUUGCAAAACUGGGGCGCCCGUGGUUAUGUCAAAGCCUCACUUUCUUGACGCCGAUGAAUCCGUAAUUAAUGGAGUUACUGGUAUGAAGCCAGAGAAGGAAAAGCACGACACAUUUUUGGACAUCGAACCAACGCUUGGAGUACCGUUGAAAGGAGUGCGGCGAAUUCAGGUCAAUGUAGAAACUCAACCCUUUAUAUCGAUGGGAGAAAUAUUUAAAACGCUGCCAUUUAGCUAUAUCCCCUUCAUUUGGGUGGGCGAGGGAGCCGAAUUGGACGAUGAUCUCUACAAUGAGUUGAAAUCUAUGUACUUGACGCCUCUAAAAAUAGCAAAUAUUGGCAAAUGGACGGCUGUGGGGUUAGGAAUUGCCGGCACGCUGGGUGGAGCCGUCGCUCUAGGAUAUUUUACAUGGUGGUUGAAGCGAUAAGUACAAAAUACGUGAGAUGGAUAAGAUCGAGGAGGGAAAAUUGAGAUUUAUAAGUAACUUCUUGAUAUUCUGUGAAUGAUGAUAAUUCUACCGUUGUAAAUUAUAUUGCAAAGAUUCUACUGUACGUACUUUAUGAGAUUUUCGGAUAUUAUGUGAAUGAUGACGAUAUGUAAUUGUGACGUUGUAAAUUAUAUUUUCCUAAUUGUAAAGAUUCCGCUGUAUUUUGAGAUUUUCGGAUAAAAUAUGAAAUAUAUUUUUCAACACGACGUGUAUAACCCUUAA